CAGUUCUUUCCUGUUUCCUGUCCAGGGACAGGAGGAUUUCUUUCCAGGUCUAUUCCUUGGCUGCAGGACCUCUAGGGUUAAGACCGAAACCUAGUGGAGGUACCUGUCGGCGUAAGUCUCCACUAGGAGCCGCUGAGAAGCCCGGCGUCUGGUCCCUUCUUCGGAGCCAUGGGGGGAUACCUGGGCUGCCUCGUGUCCCUGCCUGCCGGCGAAGUUACGGCAUGAGGGGGGAGGUGCGUCUUCCCCUCUCAUUGAGGCUGGCUGUGUGGACGUGCGCGUCGCACCGGAAGUGACGCGUGCGUUCCAUCGGCCGGAAGGGGAGGAGCCUAACAUGGGGGCGCUGCGCGGCCCAUUUGAAAAAGGGAACGCCGGCCAGCCGGCGUGGUGGUGAGUGGCAGCAGGAGCGAUCGGGACGCAGGCGGCAGCUACAGCCCUCAAUUGGCCCCCCUUUACGCAGCAUUAUGAUGCAGGAAGUAGGGGAUGCACAACAGCGCACCGACGGACAGGAGCAGCUUUUGGAACCAAGCAUGGCUAAAGAGCACCCAAAGAAAGCUUCCCACAAAAGAGCUAAGGAGUGCGGAAUUUGCAAGAGGAAGCUGGAUCCAUCUUACUCCAAGACAUGUUGUCAACCAUGUCUGGAUAAGUUAGUGGCCGAGGAGUCGCCAUCUUUAUUACAGAGUAUCCAGAAUUUAGUAAAAAAUGAAGUCCGUUCGUCAGUAGAGGAGCUUAAAAAAUCCCUGCCUAGCUCAUCCAGGCAUAGGAGGCCCCAGGUGGUAGCGGAGGAUACGGUGGACUCUGGGUCUGAGGAAGGCGCUAUUGCAGACUCGGAUUCCUCUUCUGAGGAUUUGACAGGGAAGCCGUUGUUUAGAGUAGAAGAUACGGACCUGUUAUUGAAGGCGGUUAGAUCCACGAUGGAGCUUGAGGAGGAAAAGGAGUCCAGGUCUAGACCAGAGCUAAUGUUUGAGAGCCUAAAGCCUAAAAAGUCUAGGGUUUUCCCCAUUCAGGACUGUAUCAAGGAUCUGAUUAAACGUGAAUGGGAGAAGCCCGAUAAAAAAUUCUUUAUCCCUAGAGCGGUCAAGAGAAAGUACCCCUUCGAUGAUCAGGAAGUGUCAGCUUGGCAGGAGGUACCGAGGGUAGACGCUCCCGUAGCCAAGAUAAAUAAGAAGUCAGCUCUCCCAUUUGAGGAUCUAGGGUCCCUUAAAGAUCCCAUGGACAAAAGGGCUGAUGCUUACCUAAGGAAGAACUGGGAAGCUUCCACUUCUGCCUUUAAGCCAAAUAUAGCGACUACCUCGGUGGCUAGGUCAUUAAAGCUCUGGUUGGAGGAAUUAGAGUCUCAUAUAGAGAAUAAGACUCCUAGGGAUCAGCUGCUGCAGGCGAUACCAACUAUGUCCAGUGCAGUGGACUUUAUCUCUGAUGCCUCCGCUGACGCAUUGAGGCUUUCCGCUAGGGCGGCUGCACUCUCCAAUUCAGCCAGAAGGUCGUUAUGGUUGAAAGGGUGGAAGGGCGAUGUAGCUUCAAAAUCUAAGCUUUGUGCCUUACCUUGCCAAGGGGGCUUUUCUAUUCGGAUCAGCCUUAGAUGA